AUGUAAACUCCUGGCUAACAAGAACAAUCUGUGUAGACCGGACGGGGGGAGGAGUGCAGAUGGAGGAGGAGGAAAGAGGGAGGAAAAGAGGGAGGGAGGUCCCCUCGCACUUUAAACGCCGUCUGUCUCGACCAUUCCUGACUGGGAAAGUGCACGUGGACCAGUUUGCAACGCUCGCCAUUGAAGCUUUGACUUUUCCAUCCUUCAACGGAGCUCUUUACUGACAGGAACUCUUCUUCUUUUUCUAUCCUGGUGGCUGCUGAUCCUGGAGGGAAAUGAAUCUGGCUCUGUACAACUCAGCCGAGGGCAGCGCCGACCUUGAGGAACCAGACAACGUCACGUCCUCCGGCGCCCCCCUGGACCACCGAUCCACGACUUCGGACUUCCUGGUCCAGCUGGCGGACUUCCUGCGGGACCACGUGUUCCUGGUCCUGGUGGCGGUCUCCCUGGUUCUGAUUCUGGUCCUCGGCGUGUGCGGUGUCAUUUUCCUGACGCGGCGGCGUAAAGCCAACGCCUACUACCCGUCGUCGUACCCCGCCAAGAUGUACGUGGACCAGCUGGACAAGAGCGGCGGGGUGAGGGGGUUUCACGAAAUUCUGGACAACAAGAAGGAGCUGGCGAGAGAUGCGGAAAGCGAACAAGCGGACUCGCACAAGCAGCUCCAGGCAGACAUCAUGAGGGCGGCUAAGAGUCUGAGGACACCGACCAGAACCUUGGAGGACGCCUCCAAGAAAGACGAGUCGCCCCCGAGUCCCGUCGCAGGGAAAGCCGGCGAGGCGACCGGACCGCCACCAGGGGGUGCUGCGGUGGACAAGCCUGAAGAUGAGUCCCGGGCGCCAGCCACGGUCAAGGGUCUGCGGCCUCCGUCUUUGCACCUUCACAACGACUCGGCCACUCUGCAGCUCAUCGCCGGGGAGAAAACUGCCUUCUAGAAAAGGCCGAAUCACUUUGGACUAACCUCAUAGCUUUAAGGAUUUUUACAGCUUUUCAGAAGAGAAUUGGGGGGGAAAAAAAAAAAAAACACGGCAAACUAGUGGUCAACAUGUUCGCCUCACAUCACUGAGGUUUUGGGUUCGAGUCCCAGCUCUGAGAACCCUCUCGGUUUUGAACGGUUUUUGGGUUAAUGUCACUACGGCUGCCAUCAGUGCAGGAAUGUUUUUGUGGGGGCUUUUUUUUGUGUGUCUAUUUUGUGUAAAAGUGGCUUAGACUGAUGGUCAUAC